AUGAUGCGUCUCCUAAUCAUCAUAGGCGCCUUUUUUGUUGGCUACAGUAUCCAAUACCAGUACCACUUUGUGAACAAUAGAAUUAACUGGACUGAAGCACAGAGUCACUGUAGAGAGACAUAUACUGACCUGGCCACUGUUUGCAGUGAAGAGGAUAUGAACAGACUGACAUCAGCUUUCCCAAAUGAUUUUACAAGAGCUGCCUGGAUAGGACUACAGAGGGGGGUAGUGUGGAGAUGGCAAUGGUCUUUUUCUGACAAGGAGUUUUACAUUGGUGGUGAUUUAUACUUCCGCAACUGGAGGAAUGGGCACCCAAAUUCAGCUUUAAUGGAGGACAGGUGCGCUGUUCUUGAGCCUAAUGGUAAAUGGUUUGACGACAGCUGCAACACUCAGAGACACUUUGUAUGUUUUAACGAGAGUGCAAUGGGAGAUAUGAAGUAUGUCCUGAUUGAGAAGAAUAGGUCAUGGCGCGAUGCACAGAGGAUUUGCAGAGAAAGACACACUGACCUGGUCAGUGUGAGGAAUGCAGCCGAGAAUCAGGCAAUAAAAGCGGUGGCAAGCUCUCAGGUGUGGAUCGGCCUUUUCAGCGACCCCUGGGUGUGGUCAGACCUAGCCAUCUCCUCCUUCCGCUUCUGGGGGCAAAGCCAACCCAACAAUGUCAAUAACACACAGGACUGUGUCAUUAUCAAACCUACAAACCUGUGGAAUGACAUUAAAUGCAACGUCAGGCGGUCUUUCUUUUGUUACAGUGAUACGCUGAUUCUCAUAUGGGAGAAUAUGAGCUGGAUCGAAGCCUUGACCUACUGCAAGACACAUCAUCUGGACCUGGUCUCAGUCACUGAUGUCCAGAUGCAGCAUGCGGUGGCAAAGAAAGCAGCCAAUGCGUCCACCUCCAGUGUGUGGCUGGGCCUGCGCUACACCUGCAAGUUCUCCUUCUGGUUCUGGAUUAACUCGGACAGCAUGUGCUACCAGAACUGGGCACCAGGGCAUGGCCCGGGGGGGCAGAGAGAGUGUGGCCUCUCAGGGGCAGUAGAGUCCAGCAGGGGGAACCAGUGGGUUAGCCUGCACCAGACUAAGAAACUGAACUUUAUUUGUCGUUUGAGUGGUAAUGUAUGAUAAACGGUUGAGCUGUGUGAAAAGUGUGUGAAUAACAACAGAAAUAAAAGGAAAGAUUUUUAAGAGAAUGUGAAUAGU